UGACGGUCGUCAGCCGGCACGUGUCUUGGUGCAGCGGCUCGCAAUAUGGUUGCUUUCGGUUUGGUUGUUGCAUGUACAUCUCAGUAAUGUGAAUUUAGCUGAAAAGGCCUAUAUUUUACAGUUCUUAUAUACCGUUGUGUAACCAACAGCAGCCAUGGUAAAGGAUCAGUUUAGGGAAACUGAUGUGGCUAAGAAAAUAAGUCACAUUUGUUUCGGAAUGAAGUCGGCGGAACAGAUGAGACAACAAGCGCACUUACAAGUUGUCAGCAAAAACUUGUACAGUCAGGAUAUGGGUCACACACCUUUGCCCCAUGGUGUGCUAGACCAUCGCAUGGGUACAAGUGAAAAGGACAGACCAUGUGAAACAUGUGGAAAGAAUCUUGCAGACUGUUUAGGACACUAUGGUUAUAUUGAUCUUGAACUGCCCUGUUUUCAUGUUGGAUACUUUAAAGCUAUUAUAGGAGUGCUUCAGAUGAUAUGCAAAACCUGCUCUCGUAUCAUGCUGUCAAAAGAAGAAAAGAAGCAAUUUUUAGAUUAUUUGAAGAGACCUGGGCUGACAUACUUACAGAAACGUGGUUUGAAAAAGAAGAUUUCAGAAAAGUGUCGGAAAAAAAACACUUGCUCAUACUGUGGAAGUUUCAAUGGCCCAGUCAAAAAGUGUGGUUUGCUCAAAAUAAUUCAUGAGAAAUACAAGACAAACAAAAAAGUUGUUGAUCCAGUUGUAUCAGAUUUUCUACAAUCUUUUGAUAUUGCAAUAGAGCACAACAAAGAAGUGGAAUCAUUGCUGGGCAGAGCUCAGGAAAACCUUAACCCACUGGUUGUACUUAACUUAUUUAAGAGGAUUCCCUCAGAGGAUGUUCCGUUACUUUUGAUGAACCCAGAAGCGGGUAAGCCUGGUGAUUUGAUUCUGACACGGUUGCUAGUUCCCCCACUGUGUAUAAGACCAUCUGUGAUUAGUGACCUGAAAUCAGGAACCAAUGAGGAUGAUUUGACAAUGAAACUGACAGAAAUCAUCUUCCUCAAUGAUGUCAUUAAAAAGCAUCGAAUGUCUGGAGCGAAGACUCAGAUGAUCAUGGAAGACUGGGACUUUCUCCAGCUGCAGUGUGCUCUUUAUAUUAACAGCGAACUUUCAGGAAUACCUCUCAAUAUGGCACCUAAGAAAUGGACUAGAGGCUUUGUUCAGAGGCUCAAAGGAAAACAAGGAAGAUUCAGAGGAAAUUUAUCAGGAAAAAGAGUCGAUUUUUCUGGAAGAACAGUCAUUUCACCUGACCCAAACUUGCGUAUUGAUGAAGUAGCAGUGCCUGUACAUGUUGCCAAAAUAUUGACUUAUCCUGAAAAGGUGAACAAAGCUAACAUUGAUUUUUUGCGGACACUUGUACGAAAUGGCCCCGAAGUUCAUCCUGGAGCAAAUUUCAUUCAGCAACGCCAUACUAACAUGAAAAGGUUUCUGAAAUACGGUAAUAGAGAGAAGAUGGCACAGGAAUUAAAAUUUGGAGACACAGUGGAAAGACACAUGAUAGAUGGAGAUAUUGUUCUCUUUAACAGGCAACCUUCCCUCCACAAACUCAGCAUCAUGGCUCAUAUUGCAAGGGUUAAGCCUCAUAGAACAUUUCGAUUUAAUGAAUGUGUCUGCACACCUUAUAAUGCUGAUUUUGAUGGAGAUGAAAUGAAUCUUCAUCUACCGCAAACUGAAGAGGCAAAAGCAGAAGCCCUUGUUCUCAUGGGGACUAAAGCUAAUUUAGUAACCCCACGAAAUGGAGAACCACUUAUUGCUGCUAUUCAGGAUUUCCUUACAGGUGCUUAUCUUUUGACUCUGAAAGAUACUUUUUUUGAUAGAGCAAAGGCCUGUCAAAUUAUUGCUUCUAUUCUUGUCGGAAAAGAUGAGAAAAUAAAAGUUUGCCUUCCUCCUCCAGCUAUUUUGAAGCCAAUAAGAUUGUGGACGGGAAAGCAGAUAUUCAGUUUAAUUCUUAAGCCCAGUGAAACAUGUCCUGUGAAAGCUAACCUUCGAACAAAGGGCAAACAAUACUGUGGCAAAGGAGAGGACCUCUGCAACAAUGAUUCUUUUGUUGUAAUACAGAACAGUGAGUUGAUGUGUGGCAGCAUGGACAAAGGAACUCUGGGUUCUGGAUCCAAGAAUAACAUCUUCUACAUUCUUCUGAGAGAUUGGGGACAAAUGGAAGCUGCAGAUGCAAUGUCCCGCUUAGCCAGACUUGCACCAGUUUUUCUUUCAAAUCGAGGAUUUUCUAUUGGCAUUGGAGAUGUUACACCAGGGCAAGGUUUGCUGAAGGCUAAACAAGAUCUUUUGCAUGCUGGAUAUAAGAAGUGUGAUGAAUACAUUGAGGCUCUUAACACAGGCAAAUUGCAGCAACAGCCUGGUUGUACAGCUGAAGAAACUUUAGAGGCACUUAUCCUAAAGGAGCUGUCUGUUAUCAGAGACCAUGCUGGAAGUGCCUGCCUGAGGGAGCUGGACAAAAGCAAUAGCCCUUUAAUUAUGGCGUUAUGUGGCUCAAAAGGGUCUUUUAUAAACAUAUCACAAAUGAUUGCCUGUGUCGGACAACAGGCAAUCAGUGGCUCUCGUGUUCCUGAUGGGUUUGAGAACAGAUCCUUGCCACAUUUUGAGAAACAUUCAAAGCUUCCAGCAGCAAAGGGCUUUGUUGCAAAUAGUUUCUAUUCUGGCUUGACUCCUACUGAAUUUUUCUUCCAUACUAUGGCUGGCCGUGAAGGUCUGGUGGAUACAGCUGUAAAAACAGCAGAAACGGGAUACAUGCAGAGACGUCUUGUGAAGUCACUUGAAGACCUCUGCUCUCAGUAUGACCUUACUGUGAGAAGUGCAACAGGGGAUAUAAUUCAGUUUAUUUAUGGAGGAGAUGGGUUAGAUCCAGCAGCUAUGGAGGGAAAAGAUGAACCUUUAGAAUUUAAGAGAGUGCUGGAUAAUAUAAGAGCUGUAUAUAGCUGCAGUGAUGAGCCAGCCCUCAGUAAGAAUGAACUAGUUUUAACUGCUGAGUCUAUAAUGAACAGAAGUGAGUUUUUGUGUUGCCGGGACACAUACUUGCAGGCAUUCACUGAUACAGGUUAUGAAAAAUAUUUUAAGGAGAUUAAAAAGUUCAUCAAAAUAAUUUCAGAAAAGAUCAAGAAAACAAGGGACAAGUAUGGCAUUAAUGACAAUGGAACGACAGAGCCAAAGGUUCUAUAUCAGCUGGACAGGAUUACACCAACACAACUUGAGAAAUUCUUAGAGACAUGUAGAGACAAAUACAUGAGAGCCCAAAUGGAGCCUGGAUCUGCCGUUGGUGCAUUAUGUGCACAGAGCAUUGGAGAACCUGGAACACAGAUGACACUGAAAACGUUUCACUUUGCUGGUGUUGCUUCCAUGAAUAUCACUCUUGGUGUCCCUCGAAUUAAAGAAAUCAUCAAUGCUUCCAAAAAUAUCAGCACACCAAUUAUAACAGCUAAUUUGGAUAUUGAUGAUGAAGCGGAUUUUGCCAGGCUUGUGAAAGGAAGAAUAGAAAAAACCCUCCUUGGAGAGAUUUCAGAAUAUAUUGAAGAAGUCUUCCUUCCAGAUGAUUGUUUUAUUCUUGUAAAGUUGUCUUUGGAAAGAAUUCGCCUAUUGAGGUUGGAGGUAAAUGCUGAAACAGUGCGGUAUUCAAUAUGCAUUUCUAAAUUAAGAGUGAAACCUGGAGACAUUGCAGUGCAUGGAGAAGCAAUUGUUUGUGUGUCUCCACGUGAGAACAACAAGAGCUCUAUGUAUUAUGUCCUACAGUCUCUCAAAGAAGACUUGCCAAAGAUUGUGGUCCAAGGCAUACCAGAGGUUUCUAGGGCUGUCAUUCAUGUUGAUGAACAAAGUGGAAAAGAAAAAUUUAAGUUACUGGUGGAAGGAGAUAAUCUCCGUGCAGUCAUGGCAACUCAUGGUGUCAAAGGAACAAAAACAACUUCAAACAAUACAUAUGAGGUUGAGAAGACAUUGGGUAUUGAAGCUGCCCGAACAACCAUUAUCAAUGAGAUUCAAUAUACAAUGGUGAAUCAUGGAAUGAGCAUAGAUCGAAGACAUGUUAUGUUGCUUGCAGAUCUUAUGUCGUACAAGGGUGAAAUUUUAGGAAUUACCCGAUUUGGUUUAGCAAAGAUGAAGGAGAGUGUUCUUAUGCUUGCUUCUUUUGAAAAAACUGCUGAUCAUUUAUUCGAUGCUGCAUAUUUUGGACAAAAAGACUCUGUAUGUGGUGUAUCUGAAUGUAUAAUUAUGGGGAUCCCAAUGAAUAUUGGAACAGGUCUUUUUAAGCUGCUGCAUAAGGCUGAUAAGGUUCCAAAUCCUCCAAAAAGGCCACUAUUGUUUGAUAAUACUGAAUUUCACAUUUCCCUUGUGACAUAACAAAAAUGGAUAUCUUAACUAAAAAAGUUAUUUUUCUCUUGAAUGAGAAUUUUGAAAUUAAGCUAAAAGUGAAGCUUAUGUUAUUUGACUGAACUUUUAAAUUGUUUUCAUAAACACACAAUGCAACUGUGUGUAUGUAUAGUUGUUAUUCUGAAACCUUUUGUUUUAUAUAAAAUAAUAUAUAUCAGCAGAACAUAAGGUUUAAUGUAUAUAAGUAUUUUUCCCCAUAGUGUGUAUAUUAUCUGUAAAAGAGCAUUUCUUGAUCUGUUGCAUAAAAAUAUAUAUAAUUAAGGUAGAAUAGGUUUCUACAACCUGAUGACUUGAAUGUGCUUGGAAGUAUUAAAGCAAGUAGAAAAAUAAUUCUUUCAUGCUACCUUAGACAAAUUAAAGAUUUCCUCAUUGUAAAUUUAAAAAAGAGAUUCUUUACUGUGCAUGCUGAUUUAAAGUAUUUGUUAAUACGUGUUAGACUUAUUUGCAUAUAACUUUCCAUUUCACUGAUUUAGGUUAGAGAUGCUCUUAAUUUAACGGUGGUCUUUGUUAUAAAUUGUUUUGUUAUUUUUCAUAAAUACUUUGAAGUAUCUGGCACUUUACAACCUGAUAGAAUAAGCAAGAAGUGUAAAAAUAAAGAAACUGGUUGGUAUUUGAAGCUUACAACAAUGUGUGUUUGUGUUUGUAUGAUGAAGUACCCCAAACUCUGUGUGUAUAUGUAUGUGUGAGUUUGAGGUACUAUUAAUUAUUAAAAUUCCAGAUAUAAUACCACCUCAAAUAUGAAUGUAUUAAAAUCUUAAAGCUUACAAAAUAUAUUUCUGUUGUUCUUGUAUAAAAUAGUAAAUCAUAUUAGUUGCAGCAAAUAUUAAGCAGUAUUAAUAAUAAUAAUCUGUAACCAAAUGUAUUCACUAUAUAGUCUCUGAAUUUCAUUUUUAUAAUUAGUUAUUAAAUAUCCUGCAAGGGUCCAUUGUACAUAUUUCAUGUAAGAUUUAUUCUGAGCUUUUAUAUUAGAUAAGAGCUUUUUUAUUUUUUAUACUUGUAUCUCUGCAGGUGCUCUUUUAAUCUCCAUGCCACCCCUGGGUUACUUGGCUUGUCAUCAAGGUCUCUAGUCCAUUCCACUGUUAUGAUUGUGUUACCCAAUUUCAAAGUUACAUACACAUCCCUGUGAAGAAACUGAUUAUCUUAUUCAUUGAACAUAAUGUCUAGACGCCUGUAAAAUUUCUCCAGCACACAAAAUUUUGUUACUUCCCACUAGACCACAUGGACAGCAUCAAUAGCUUAACUUUUUCUCAUUAAACUAUUGAACCUCAGCAAAUUAGGGGUAGUGAUAUUUUUUAAUGGAAUGGACACAACAUCCCUGGAAAAGAAAACUUUAUUUUACAAGACCUUUUGAGAAUUUAAGUGCACAGUGACACAAAGGCAGCAUACGUCUUUUAUACAAUUACCUCUGACUCUCAAAGGCUAUUAGCAAAUUUCUUUGUGGCCAAACAAACACUAUGUCAUCUUAAUCUUACAGCCUUGAGCUGUUCCAUCCUAUUUUUGGGGCAUUGUAUUUAAGUUUUAAAGUAGGAUCUCCCACUUUACAUACCCAAUGCAACAUUCUUCCUGAAUUGGAUGAGACCAAGAGCAUUUUGCAGUGGUGAGAUACAGUGUUAUAUCUGUAAGAUUGGGGAGUGGGCUGAGUAUAGAGUAAACUAGUCUUGAUGCUUUAUGAUGUUUUAAACAAAGUCCAAGACAACAGUGGAUAACCUUAUAACUUAAUGUUUUUUUCUAACAAAGGUUUUCAUUUCAUUCAUUUUACCACUUUCGUUGUUUACUCCUUAUUCAUCCAUUAAAGUUUUAAGGUUUUGCCGUCAACUUUUAUCACCAGACAAGGUCAUAAGGUGGUUCAUGAAGACACUUGCAUGGGAAAAAAUGGGUUGCUACACCAGAAAGACUGGGAAACACUGCCCCUUAGAUGUCAUCUAUGUAUGUUCAUAUUUUCCUGGUAUGUUUUCAUGUAAUUAGUACACUGCAUUCAUUUUUUUUAAAUAGAUUAACCCUCACCCUUUGUUCCACAUUAUUUUACAUACUGAUACAGUGUAAGCAUGUAAGUUUUGGCCUAAUCAAUCAAAUCUUAACACUUAGAACAAUUGAAUAAAAUUUUUUAACAGUCUUAAAUGUCCCAAAAUAUGUUUGAUA